AUGGUGCCAGCAAAAACAAUCCAUAUUGUCCGCCACGCGGAAGGCUUUCAUCAACUCCCCCGUGAUCAUCCAAAUGCCUUGGUUCGUGACCCAUCUUUGACAGCCCAUGGCAAUGAACAAAGCAAGCAAUUCAGCCAAAAGUUUCCCUACCACUCCUGUACCGACUUGCUGUGUGCAUCUCCACUCCGCCGGACCAUCCAAACUGCAAGCCUCGCUUUCGCGCCCGAGGUCGAUAGAGGGUUGAGGAUCCUUGCCCUUGCAGACGCUCAAGAGACAUCCGACGCGCCAUGCGAUACAGGAAGUGACGUGUUCAAGCUAGCCUCGGAGUUCGGGGAGGUAUUGGAUGUUUCCCUCCUCCAAGAGGGAUGGUAUGAGAAGAAGGGCAUCAAUGGCACCAGCGAAGAGGCGCUCCGAGCACGUGCAGCUCGAUUGAGGAGGUUCUUGCGAGAAAGACCCGAGAAGAACAUCGUUCUUGUCUCCCACGGUGCUUUUGCGCACUACAUCACGGAGCACGUGGAUCUAAAGGGGCACCAAACAGGCGAAUAUUGGCGCAACGUCAUGUGGCGGACUUAUACGUUCAGGUCCGGUGAGGAUGAGGACGCAAAAAUGCUUGAAACGGAUGAGUCAAUGCACAGACACGAGAAGAAUUAA